CUCAUUCAUUAGACAAUUCAAUCGAUUACUAAGUCAGCAUAGUCAUACCAGCUGUAAUAUUAGGUAAAAAUAUGUCCCAAGAUUGGUAGGUCCCAAGCAAUGGUGGUGGAGUAAGAGUUAAAUCGCGAAAGCGGGAGCAGUGAUAUAUCGACUUCCGUAGCACGUAGACAGUUGAAAAGGACAUGAGCUCCAGAGUGAAGGUGUUACUAGUGCUCUUAGCAACAUGUGCCACGACGAAACAGAAUCCUAUUUUUGCAAAUAUUAUAAAUCAUAAACGUACCAAUUAUAUACCUGGUGCUCCAUUAUAUACGAGAGACAUUCGCCGGGCAGUUUAUUUUCAUGAUCAAACAGUGGCAGUUGUUGAUGUUAACAUUAAAAAUGAAAUGCAAAACUGUGAUAUUAUUGAAGUCUACGAGCCAAAUGAAGCAAGAGAAUUGCUGGGAAAUCUCUCAAUGACAGCACGCCCAACUGAAGUAUCGUUUUCUCAAAUGAGAAGUUUGAUGUACCGCUGCGAGAUACUAGAUAGAAUGGAAGAGUCUUUUCUAAGAAGAGAAAGUAUGGCUGAAGGAGCUUUUGAACGUGCUAAUGUGGCAAAGCUACACAUAUUUAAUAUAUUUCACGGCAUCUUACCAGGCACUAAAUGGUGUGGAACUGGAGAUAUAGCUGAUAACUAUCAUGAUCUUGGUACAGAUACGGAUGUUGACAGAUGUUGUCGAACUCAUGACUUGUGUCCUGUAAAAAUCAGAGCACAACACAGUCGUUAUAAUCUUACCAAUUAUUCAUUGUAUAGCAAAUCACACUGCGAUUGCGAUACCUCUUUCUAUCAUUGCUUAAAAAUGGUAGGAGGUCCAGUAGCUCAUAUGAUGGGAAAAUUUUACUUCAAUUUCCUCAAAGUCAGUUGUAUUGAAGAUUUGCCAGAGAGUAUUAACUCAGUAUCAUCCAUCUCACCGAAGAGAAAAUUUUCUAUGACACAAUUAGCCUUUUAGAAUAAAGUUAUUAAUUAUAUUUCAAUAUUUAUUCAAAUUAAAAAUAAUCACCAUCAUCAUUCCGACUAUUAACUAAUUAAGUUUGAUCUUAUAUUAUUUUUGUUAUGUUUAAUGUACC